GAGAAGGACCCGCGCGCUUGGCUCUCCAGAGCAGCGGCAGCCCUCCCGCCGGCCUCCGGGAACCUGUCGCGGUGCGUCUUACCUCUGCUUCGAGAGCGACCCGAAAACACGGAUUUCAUGGGAUGCCUCCCCUUCUGGAGCUUGCGGUGCCAGCAGCAGAAGAAGACGAUGGUGGCAAUGGUGCCCAGCAGAAGCAACAAGAGGAAGAGCGCGCAUUGGAUGCUGUAGGGUCUCAGCAGGACCAGGAACGCGGCGGCGAUCAUGAUUUCUCAAAGCUGUUUGACAAGAAAAAUGAUGGAACUUUUUUUUACAGUAUUCAAUUUUGAAAAGCAUGAACUUGGGCUACAUGCAGAACAGCAUUGUUUAUAUGGACAUUCCUGCCUUUCAUAAGUUCAGUCUUUGUUAACUAAUUGAAAAAAUGCAGAAAAUCUUGCAGACCAAUGAAAUCACCAAUACCCAGGCUCUUAGAAAAGGAAAGAGGAAACGGACAGACACAAUGGAUUCAGAAAAUUCAAGAAGUGACAUGGGUAAAGGACAGAGAGACCCAUAUUCAGGAAAUGCCUUUCUGCCUGGUGAGAGCUCCAGUGAGGAUGAAACACCAUUAACGGACUUGACCAAAGAGGAGCUGUGUGCCAAGAUCCAAAGCCUGAAAGAAAAACUAAUCAACACUCGGAGGGAAAACAGUCGACUUCGGCAGUCUUUGGUCAUGCUACAAGUGUUGCCACAGGCAGUCACCCAAUUUGAAGAAUUGGUUGGUAUGGCAGAGAUGCUACUUAAGGGUGGAGGGACCAUGUCCACAUCUGCGUCCACCCUCUGGAGAGCAGCAAACAACUCCUCACCAGAUUCAUUUGCCUCGGUGUGCAGCCAUUCCAAUUCUAGUUCCAGCUCACUGAGCUCCUUGAAGCCAGAGGAAGAGCGACAUCUGGAUGAGAAGCAGUUCAAGAUUGAACCAUGGCAGAUUGCCCGUUGUAAUAAGAGCAAGCCUCAGAAAUUUAUUAAUGAUUUAAUGCAAGUACUAUACACAAACGAAUAUAUGGCGACACACAGCCUGACAGGGGCAAAAUCUUCUACUUCAAGAGACAAAGCUGUGAAACCAGCCAUGAAUCAGAAUGAAGUUCAAGAAAUCAUAGGAGUGACAAAGCAGCUGUUUCCCAGCACAGACGAUGUUUCAAUUAGGAGGAUGAUAGGACAAAAACUAAACAACUGUACCAAGAAGCCCAACUUAAGCAAAAACCUUAACUCUCAGGAUAUUAAGUAGAUCCUUCUGUUGUUACAGGUAACUGAAAUUGAUUCAAACAUUGGAUCCUACUGGAGAAUCUGUAACCUCGCUGGUGGUGAGCAUGGAGACCUGUGCGGUGGCAGGCUGUCAGAUACCGUCACAUCCACAGGCUUUCCUGAUGGAGUAACAAACUUGCUCAAGAAGCUGCAUGGAGAUUUCACAUUAAAUCCCAGUGACACGUCAAACCAGAGAAGUCCUCCCAAAUAAGCAUGCAGUGUGGUGUCUGACAACACACAUUUCCAUAUCCCCAAGUACUUCUCUGUACAUCUAAUUUAACUGGCCCAUCAGAGUUCUUCUCAUAGUAACAAAAACUUCAACCUUCCAUAUCAUUGUACAAACCAAACCUUGUACAUUGGUUAUUACCAUUAUGGUUUUUGGAUUUGGCAUAAACACAUGAUUGCAAAAAGAAAACACUAAAGAAAUUGGUGUUGACAAAAUAUGAAAGCAGCAAAGCCUAUUCUUUGAUAAUAAUGUGUAACCAAGUAAUGGUGUUUUAGCAAUAAAAUUACAGGAUUAUUCUGUUAUCUAAACAUGUAUGAGAACAGUAAAACCUUUUCAGUGUUAAACUAUCUCAACACACUUCUGAAAAACAAAUAAGCCCAAUUUUUUUAUGUAUUUAAGCAAUACAUUAAUUUUCCAAAUAGUCUUUUGGCUGAAUAGUAAACAUACUUCUAAAUUUUCAUUGUCCAAGAUAUACUAAAUACAAAUGUGUCAAAUACUAAUAUCACUUAAAACAUCCCCUGUAAGGGCUGGAGAGAUGGCUUAGCGGUUAAGGCGCUUGCCUGAGCAGCCUAAGGACCCAUGUUCUAUCUCUUUCCAGAUCCCACAUAAGCCAGAUACACAAAAGUGAGGCAAGCACAUGGUUGCACAUGCCCACUAGGUGGCACAAGCAUCUUGCAUUCAAUUUCAGUGGCUGAGGCCCUGGCAUGCCAAUGCUCUGUGUCUCUCUUGCUAAAAAAAAAAUCCUCUAUAAGAUUAAACAUCUUAUGUAUGUGGCUGGUUAUAUUGCUAUACUGGUUAAUUGUAAAUGGUAUAUUUUCAUUGCAACAGAAGAAAAAUGAAUUUGAAACCUCAAAAUAACAGAAAAAAAACAUUUUGUAAAACGACAAAAGUUAAAAUACUCGUCAGAGGCUUCUCACUUGAUGUCGUGUUGUUACAAGGUGAUAUGUAAGCUUGGAAAGGAGACACAGUAGCUCAGAGGGCACUGUGAUGGACCCAGGGAACAUCCCAGGAAUGCUGCUUGACAACAGUGUGGUUGUACACAACAAAUAUUCCUAAGGAAAUGAAUUAUGUAACAUUUGCUACUUUUAAUUAAAUAAAAAUAAGUGACACUAAAAAGAGAAAA